GUGUAAAGUUUGCUAUAAGACCAAAUUUGACAUUUUUGACCCGAGAAAAUCCUCAACUUAUUCCACAUUUCAUGUUGGGCAAGCGACUGUAGACUCAUCUAGAAUCCAUCGGUCUAUCCACCAAACUUUUGUAGAGAAAAUCCUGAAGAAACUUGCGUGUACCAUGCCGCGUAUUCAAGCGGGCAUAACUCGACCGGUCCAUUCGCUAAAGAAACAGUUACCCUGACAUCCACUACAGAUAAGGUUGUAAACGUAGAGGAUUAUUUAUUUGGGUGUGGGAAUGAGAACAAUUUCCACGGAAAUAAUUUGGGAGUUAUUGGGCUUGGACGUGGCCCCUUGUCUUUAGUUUCUCAAAUGGCUCCCUAUGUUGGAGGAAAAAAAUUCUCUCAUUGCUUCAUGGCAGAUCCCAAUAUUGAAAGCAAGAUCUAUUUCGGGAACGGGAGUGAAGUUUUGGGUGAAGGGGUACUGACAGAACCUAUGGCAGAACCAAAUGAGGAACAAUAUAAAUUGAUAAUAUCAGGAAUUACCAUUGAAAAUGACUUUGUUCCUUUUAACUCAACUGGGACAAUGAACAAGAAAGCUAACAUGCUGGUUGACUCAGGUACACCUCUGUCACGUUUACCACAAGACUUUUUUGACCGAGUGAUAACUCAGCUAAACAACACAGUUAAAUUAGAGUCAUUCAUGCAAAAUGGAGGUGGAUUAAGUAACAUUUACUUCAAUUACACGACGCUUCCAAAAUUACCAACAGUGGCUUUAGAAUUUGAGAGUGGUGGAAAAUUGCAGUUGAAUGAGAACCAAUUAUUUCAAAUAGACGAAAAGCGCAAGGCGUUUUGCUUUAUGAUGAUGAACAACACUUAUAAUUUUAUGAUUUUUGGAGGUACUCUUCAGACAGAUUUCUUGAUUGGUUUUGACCUAGAUAGAAAAGUGGUAUCUUUCAAGCCCACUAAUUGCGCAAACUUCAAUAAAAACUAAU